UUCAACAUGGCGGCGGUGCCCAGACUCUGUUGUUCUCGGCCAGGCAGUAAUUGUGGCCAAAAUGGUAUCCGAUUGCUCGGCAGUGAUACGAAAACGGAAGAUAAGAGAGAAGCGGACACUUUGCUGGACAUCUGUGCCAAAGUGGUGGCUCUCCACAUUCCUUUUCAGAGGAUAGAGGAGAGGUACAGUCGUAUACCGGAGCCUGUACAGAAAAGGAUAAUCUAUUGGUCAUUUCCACGUAACGAGGCAGACAUAUGUAUGUAUUCGUCGCUGUCCAGUGAAAAUAGUGGAUGUAGUGAUUAUCAGAAAUUACCGUUUUAUCGUGGACUAAGGUUAUACGAAACUGGCAGUGUGGAUAACGUCCUACAAGUCGGAUUCCAUUUAAGUGGUUUAGUAACAACACCUAUUCCUUCUACUCCACCUCAUCCUAGUUAUACACUGGAUCCAGAGAAGAGAUUCAGAGUGUCUAUCACAUUUGACAGGUGUAAAAUAACUUCUGUGACUUGUAGCUGUGGCACAAAAGAUAUUUUUUGGUGUCAACAUGUGGUGGCAUUGGCCUUACAUCGCAUCCGAAAUGCAGAUAGCGUCAGACUACGUGUUCCUAUUUCAGAAACUCUUCUCCAGUUAGACAGGCAACAAUUGCAAAAGUUAGUACAAUACCUCAUUGCAGAACAUCAUACGGAAGUAUUACCAACAGCUCAACGACUAGCUGAUGAUAUACUUCAGACCCGUUCCAUUAUCAAUCGCAUUGCAGGGGCACCUGAUCCUACCGCUGGAGCUCCGGCAGAUGAAGAACAUUCGUGGCAUUUAGAUGAGGAGCAAGUUAGUGAACAAGUCCGUACAUACCUGUCUCAGGGAGGCUAUUACAGUGCAAAUAAACAACUCAAUGCUCUUUUCUCCAAGGUUAAGGAAAUGUUAAGAGCUAGAGAUUCUAAUGGUGCCCGUAUGCUUAGGCUAAUCACAGAACAGUUCCUAGCUGAUCCUCGAUUGGUUAUCUGGCUUUCUCAGGGUACUCCCAUGACAGAUAAAUGCCGUCAACUAUGGGACCAACUUGGUGCACUAUGGGUCUGCAUAGUCCUGAAUCCCCACUCCACACAAUUAGAGCGACAGCAGUGUCGAAGCCUGUUAGAAAAAUGGGCAAAUAUGCACAUUUGUCCGUUGGAAGAUGCUGACUUCCGCCCCACAAGAAUGGUAAAUGGCGGUGGUAGAAUGCCUUUGGUGGACGAUAGUUCUUCGGAUUCUUCGGAUGAUGAAGGAAAUGAGCCUCAUGGUCAAGAGAGACCUCCCCCUUCGCCUAGCCAUCAUCAACCUCCUCAACCUCGAACAAUUUUUCACAGAGCUUUAGAAGCUUGUCAUCUCAGCUGGGACGAUCCCCAUUUAAAAUUUAUUCUUGCCAAUGAUAGUCAGACGUCGAGCGCUGAUCUUCCAUUGUCAGGACCAUUUAAUUCUCAGGGUUAUCCACUUUGGCAUGAACAUAUCCCAACUGCCUGUGCUCGUGUCGAAGCAUUACGUUCUCAUGGCUACCAACAAGAAGCAUUGCGUUUGGCUGUUGCAAUUGUAAGAACUAUGAAACGGCAACAAAGAGAAUGGCAGUGUAGAUGGCAGACCGAGCAGGAGAGAGGAGUGGUGUCAUGUUCUAGUUCUGGGAUAACAAAUCAUCCAUUACACUGCAACACAGAAGGUUGGAUAGGCCAUCCUCUUGAUCCCGUUGGUUCACUUUUUGAUACCUUAGCGGAAUCAUCUCUACUUCCAGAUGCCAAAUCAUUUGAUCAGUUCUAUGAUUUUACAAUAGGAAAUUCAAAUGAAGACGGCAGUUCUCCACCAAGAGAGCAACCUCGUUAUCAACACGUCGUCGUUCCCGGUAGUCGAGACAGAAGUGAAACUUUUUUGUCUCUUGCUGUAGAAGCCGCUCUAAUUGGUCUAGGACAACAAAGAAUCAUGCCUCCAGGCCUUUAUGCUCAGGAAAAAGCUUGCAAACAAGAAGAUCAUCUUAUCACUAAAUUGCAAGACAUUGAAUUGGAUGGUACUUUAGUUGCUGUUUUGAGAAAGCAAGCAAUGUUAUUAUUAGAAGGUGGACCCUUCAGUGGUCUUGGUUGUGGCAUACAUCCAGAAAGUGUACCUAUGCACACUUUUGCUAAGUACCUGUUUACUGCUCUCUUGCCUUAUGAUCCUGACCUUGCAUACAGCGUGGGUCUUAGAGCAAUGAGAUUGCCAAUUCUUGAGGAGCAAGAUGAUUUAGAAGAAUCAAAUCAUCCAGUCAUAAAUGCGGCAGUUUUAAGUCGGUAUCCUCGGUGGUUUACUCUGGGCCAUAUAGAAGUACAGCAGUGUGCCCUAGCGUCGACAAUGCUAUCUGCUGCAAAAAGUGAUGUAUUACGGUUACGGACUGUGUUGAAAUCGGCACAACGUAACAUUCAUAGUUCCUCUCAAUUGUUUAAGCUUGCACAAGAUGCAUUCAGAAUUUCAGUUCCUCCGGAUGGUGGUACGAGGCAUCCGACUUUGUUAGAUGCAGCCUUCCAGUUAGGAUUACAGGUCAUGAGGAUGACGUUGUCUUCCCUUAAUUGGAGGCGGAGAGAGAUGGUGAGAUGGCUUGUCACCUGUGCAACGGAAGUUGGGUUAGACGCUCUCAUUUCAAUUAUGCAAAAUUGGUAUCAGUUUUUUACUCCCACUGAAGCAACUGGUCCAGUGGCUACAACAGUCAUGUCCCAUGCAACGGUGAUGCGACUCAACCUUGAUUUUAGGCAACAGGAAGAAAUGUCGGGUUGUGGUCGUACUCUUGCUCUUCAGUGUGCCACCAAGGAUCCUCCAAAUUGUGCUCUUAAUGCUUUAACGUUAUGUGAGAGUGAACCAUUUGCCUUUGAGGCAGCAUACCAAAUAGUGGUAGAUGCAGCAACGACAAAUGUAAUGACAUCUUCCCAAUUGUUUACUGUGGCUAGGUAUAUGGAGCAUCGAGGUUAUCCGCAUCGUGCUUACAAACUUGCAGUGUUAGCAAUGAAAGGUGUUCAUCUGGCAUAUAAUCAAGACAACCAUCCUGCAAUUAAUGAUAUUCAUUGGGCAUGUGCACUCGCCCAUUCGUUAGGAAAGUCUGAACUAACAAAUCUUGUGCCACUGCUUGUAAAAAAUGUGCAAUGUGCCACCGUGUUGUCAGACAUCUUACGUCGUUGCUCAAUGGCCGCUCCGGGAAUUGCCACCCUAGAUGCAAAACGGCGAUGUAUUAAACCCCUCUCUCUCGACAAGCCUCCAUUAAGGCAAUUACUGGAAGCCGCCAUUACGGCAUAUGUGAAUACUACCCACUCCCGUCUAACUCACAUUAGUCCACGUCAUUACGGAGAUUUUAUAGAGUUCCUGAGCAAAGCAAGAGAGACUUUUCUCUUAGCACCGGACGGCCACUUACAAUUUGCUCAGCUUAUAGACAAUAUGAAGUCUGCUUAUAAAGGAAAAAAGAAAUUAAUGUUUCUAGUCAAGGAGAGGUUUGGGUAAGCAAGAAAGAUAGAUACCUGUGAUGAAUUUAAUGAUUUCAGUAAAGAGUGAUGGCCUUUCCUUGAUGCAUUUUUUGUGACAUGACAAGGUAACCAAAGAUAGUGCUUUCAAAUAAGACAAAUAUCAUGAAGAUUGUUUGUAGAUCUGUGCUCUCUGCUCCUUUUUGUAAAUUGUUUGUUUAGUACAUGUAUAAAUGUAUAAUGUGAUUGUGUGAUACCGUUUGCAGAACUGGGCAAAUUUGUUUUUGUCUAAUCUUUCCUUAUCCAUUUGUCAAAAUUGCCAAAACCUCAUUUGUAUGCAUAGGUUUUAUAAUGUUGAAGACAGAUACUGUCCUCCAUAGAGGAAGUUAAUAGUGCAUGGAAGCAACACCCUUUGCCUAUACUCAGAAUCGUACUGAGGUAGAAUCUAAUAUUGUGAUAUAACUAUUUUUCACAGAAAUAAGAAUUAUACUUCCAAAUGAAAGAGGCAAUCACAAUAAUAAUAAUAAUAAUAAUAAUAAUAAUACUAUCUAUGUGGAUAUCAUUCAUACUUUAAAAGUUUAUCCUCAUUCAUCUACUCCUAUAACAUAUUUCAAGAAUACUGAUUUUGGAAAAGACAAUUGUGUCUCAAAUUUCAUUUACAACUAAGAAUCAAAUGGUGCAUGAAAUUUUUUUACCUUUAAAGUAUGCAUCACAGAGAGCGUCGGCUGUCGACGGCUCCCCGAAAGAUUAUUAUAUCAAGGAGAUUGAAAUAUAAAGAAGUUUUCUAUCAAACAGAUAGUCAGUAAAGUGUGCUUAGGCCAUUUUUAUUAUUGAACUGCCACAACUGUAUGAUUCCUUGGCAGAAUAUAAACUGUCCACAGAGCAAGCCCAUUCCAUAUAUAUAUAUAAAUAUACAGUAUAUCUAUAUAUAUGUAUGUAUAUAUAUAUACACAUAUAUAUAUAAAUAAAUAUAUAUAUAUGUGUGUAUAUGUAUAUGUAUAUAUAUUUCCACAGAUAUCUCAUUAUAUCAUUGUGGAAGAUUUGUAGGACUCAGGACAUAAUACUGUUGGAGUGAAAAUUCUGGCAGUGCACAUUUUUUUGUUGUUUUUUUUUUUUUUGUUUUUUUUUAUGUGUAAAUUGCUUGUAUGUAUAGGACAGUCCUUUGAGGCUAUUAAACAAUACUACUAGUUUCUCUAGGCACUGAAAUUUAUAGAACAAAAUGAAAGUCUGGUAGAAUCUUCUGAAGUUUGUAUUUGUAUUUGUAAUGUAUGGCUGAACAUGGUCAAGCAAAGGAACCACUCCAGGUGAGUCAGCAGGUUCUGGACAAUUGUUUUUAAAUUGAGUAUCUAUAUAAAAAGAAAUGGUGCAAUUGACAGUAGGUAAUUUUGUUGUGAGAAGGUAAUGAAUUGUCCUCUGUUAAAAUAACGAUUAUCGUUAGCCGGUUAAUAGAUAGAUCAUUUUGCAACCGAAAAGGAAAGACGACAAUUGUGUGAAUAAACGGCUUGUAUUUUUUAUUUCUUCGAGAUCUUAUAAAUAAUGUUAAAAAAAAAAAAGUCCCAAAAAUAAGCAAAUUAAAAUAUUGAUAAAAAAAAAUUAUUU